UUUAGCUUACUUGAAGUUAAAAAAACACGUUUUGUUAUUAUCUUCUUUUUUUACAUAUAUAAGCAUUUAAAUUGAAGUCUUGCACGCAGCUUUUUGCUUUUUGCUGAAUGGUUAUUUUUGAAAAUGGCAAUCUACUCACGCAUACUGUUUCAUUUAACAAUUGUUCUGAUGUAUUUAUCAGAAACUCGUUGCAGUGAUCUCUCCCAAAAAAUUGAAAUGAAAAGAAUUCAAGACAGACUCGAACUCAAAGAAGCUAUGGAAUCUGCUGCUGAAUUCGGCGAAAAAAUGCCUGUUUUUGCAAACAAGCGCGAUGAAAUACUAUGGAAAUUAAAUUUAGCUAAAAAAACGUUAAAAAAAGCUCACGAACUCGAAAAAGUUGCUAGGAACUCAGCUGAACAUUUUGGUUACUUUGAAAACGACAAACAAAAACACUCUGAAGUAAAUGAGUUGCUCGGGAAAGCUGACGAAACAUUAAUGAGUGCAGGGGAAAAAAUGGGUUUUGAUUUCGAAAAGUAUUAAUUCUUUAAAAAAUAAUUUUCUAUGUAGUGUUGAAGAGUUGUACAACAGAUUUAACAACCAUUACUACCGUUACUAAUUGCAUUGCGCAACUUUUAAGUAUUUCGAACAAACUAACUUUUUUUUACAACAUUUUAUUUAACAUGCUUUCUUGUCGGUUUGUUUAUUUUUUUGGUGUCCGCGUAAUACAAACACAAGGUCGGUGGUAAUAAUAAAAGAAAUCGUUAAAAAAAGUUGAAAAACAACAAUUAUUGUUAAAAAACAAACAACGCAAGAUAGUCUUUAGUUAAGCGUAACUAAAUGUAAGUACAAGAAAUCGUAAAGGAAAAUAAAACAAUAAAACUUUUAAAGGAAAAUAAAACUUUUAGCGUUUUAGUUUAGCGUAAAUAAAUAGAAAUGCUGUUGACUAAUAAAACAUAUAUAUAUAUAUAUAUAUAUAUAUAUAUAAAAAAAUUUAAAAGCAACAUUUUAAAAAUAGACUAAAAAAAGUAAAAAAUAAACUAAUUCACGGGACCCAAGGACUUUGUGUACGUACACAACCUGAAAUAUCCAUUAUAGUAAAUGAAUGAAAAUGUUAGGCGCCAAUAGGAA